AUGGCGCUUCCACCAGAGCAAAUUAAUAUCAAGCGUCGGCGUGAGGAAGAGCCCGUCGAGACACUGUUCAUCCAAUCUGCUGUCCACCAGACCAAGCGGCGCUUCACCGACUUCGUCUUCCACAGAGUCACGCUGAAUGCCAGCGAGCGCGCAGAUGCAUCUCCUAGCCCACCAGGAUUACCGCAUCCCGCGGCACAGCGGCUGCUACGCAGUCCCCGCUCAGUCAGCAGCUUGCAUGUAAAUCGUCGCGCGCCGGCGUCAUCCAAGGGCGUGCCCACGGUGCGAGCCACGUCGCCGGGGGCUGAAUUCCGCGAAGCGCAGCGCGUUGCAACUGCGCGCAAGGAAGCCGAAGAAAGGCACAAGCGCGCCAUUUACUCGGGUCCUUCCCCAUUUUCUGACCUCCCAGUCGCCCCUGAGCUGGGCCCUAACGUCUCCAAUGCAUCUGGAGCGCCCAGCCCCGCACCAAGAACAGCAUCGCCAAGCCGUGCGCAAGCUCUGCGUCGAUUCCAGAUCUCGCGCUCAAAUCUCAAUUCACUCCGGAGCAGUGGCGGAAUUCAAAAGAAGCGAACUAAUGGCCCCGCGCCUGGUGUUGCCGUCUUGGUCGAGCAGCUCCAGCGAAACCCCCAUUCACGCAAGGGUUCCAUGGUGUCUGAUAUGAUUGCGGAGGGGCAGACCCAUACAAGGGGCCUUUCUGCCUUGUCCAAGGAGCUUGUCGCAGACCCAGGAGCAUCGGCAUCAACUAAAGCCCGCAAACGUCCCGUCGUCAACCAGGCCGAGAAACGGUGGCGCGAAAAGCGCAAGGGCUCAAUCUCAACUGCGAAACAGAAUAUUUCUGAAUCAUUGGAGAAGUCCGCGCAGACCCACCAGAUGAACUGGGACGAGGAGUCUGAUCGUCUGGCACGGGAAUUUGAGCAGGUCGCGCUGGAGCUCGAGCUCGACCAAGACCGGGAGCAUGGCAUGCAGCUUGAUUCCCGCGUAGCUAGCAGCCCACCCCCAGCACCCCAGCCUCAGCCCGUGCUGAGCUCUGCGCCCAAAACUCCGUUAAAGCACCAGCCACGACUGCCGAAGGAGCCCAGAGCCGCAGCCUCACCCGCGGCUCCGCAGGAGGAAGACGACGAUGGUGACUACGUCUACGACGUGUACAUUCGACGACCAUUAUCAGAAACCGAGAUGCUGAAGAACCCCCUUGCCGAGUAUGAAACCGAGCAGCAGCAAAAGGAGAUCGCGAAGUCUCAGCCAGGUGUUGGUGUCAUUGUCAUCACUGCUGAGGAUGAGCAGUACUGGGAAGAUUUUGUUGAAGAUGAUGAGGAAGAGUGGGAUAGCGAAGAUGCUGACUCGAACGCGGAAAACCACCCCGCAAACGAUUACCCGGAUGAAGAAGUCUCAUCUGAUGACGAUGACGACGACUUCGACUUCGAUGGUUCUGCGAGUGAAGAUGGUGGUGAUGGGUAUAUGUCACGCUGGCGCGGGCCUGUGGACUCUGAUGAUGAGUAUUGA